GACGAUGAAGUAUUGAAAGUUAAAGCUACGGACUUUGUCAAUGAAGUAAACCCUUUGAUUACGAGAUACGGAGAUGAAAAUAUGUACAAUUCAGACCAGAGUGGAUUUCAAUUAGAAAUACAUUCUGGACGAACUUUAGCAGUGAAAAGCCAAAAGAAAGUAGAGUGUGUUGUAGAAUCUGUACCUUCAACAACGCAUAGUUACACAAUACAACCAACAAUAACUGCUGAUGGAAGAUUGUUGUCGCCCCUUUUUAUGGUUUUGCAAGAAGCAAAUGGACAAUUUGGACCAAUAGUUCAGAAAACAUUAUUCAAACCGACUAAUGUGUACGUGACUGCAUCAAAAUCUGGAAAACUCACUUCUGCUCAUUUCAAAAUCUGGUUGGAAGAGGUCUUUUUUCCUAAUACUAAAACAACGUCUGUGUUGUUAUUAGACUCUUGGAGUGGACACUGUGAACAAGAUAUACAUAAUGCGAAACCAACGGGCGUUUCUCCGAUGAUGUGCUGUUACAUGAUUACGAUGUUAAUCUCCAUUUAAGAAAUAAUAUAAUUAAGUUACAAUCACUUGUACACAAUCAACUAUCUUCACCAAGAUAUAAAAAUCUAUUCCAGUAUGCUUGGUACAAAAGUGGAUACACAGAAAAAAAAUCAGGAGAUUUAGUGAAUCCUGUAGAUUUUGCUUUCGAAGAGAACACACAAAUGAAAUGUGCACUCUGUGAUGAAAUACCAAUAAUUAGAUGCUCUUGGUGUAAGAAAGCAUUUUGUUUAAAACAUUUUUUUCAUGAAUAUCACUUCUGCGACAAAUAUGAAUAUUAAGUAAACCAUUUUGUAAACUGCAUGUAUCUUACAAAAGCUUCAGAUUAUAAAUUUAUACCACAUAUACAUACCUAACAUACACGUGAAAUAUAAUUGUACCAAUCAUGUAACUAGUACCGGAAAUUAAUUUACAUUUAUUAUAUUCCUUACUAUCUGUAUCGCAUAUUAAUACGCAGAUAUGUACUAAUAUAAUUUUUAUUAAUCUUGUAA